UAUAAACAACAACAGGUGGUUUGAGAAAGUUAGGUUAUAAACAAUCAACCGUUUGAAGUCAGAAGGACAUAAAUUUAAUUUUGUAGCAAUUGAUGGUUAUUUAAUUAUUAUAAUAAGAAUAUCCACUCAAGCUGUUUAGUAUUUCUUAUUUUUACUUUUAUAUAUAUAUGUAUUUUCAUGCAAGAGUAGAGCUGAAUUAUUGUAACAAAGUAUUACUAUAUUUUAUUGCUAAAUAGAUUUGUUUGCCAGUAGAAUCAUGGAAUCAAACAUUAUACUAAGAUUGGACACUGAAUAAGAUCCUACAGACAUAAACAUGGAACAAAAUUUAACUCCAGAACAGAAGGCUAGAAUUGAGCUGAAUCGAAAACUUGCUCUUGAAAAAAGAGCAGCAAGACUUGCUGCACACACGUCUCAGUCGCCUGUACAGAGUUCAGCAGCUGGUGGAAGUUUAGCUGGUUCUUCAAGUAGCCUUCAGAUAACACCAAGGAUCAGUGCCACAGUGCCUGGCACUUCAACUAACAAGCCUUUUAAUAGAAAUGUCUCCAAUGUAUCUGAUUCUUUAUCUAUUACCAAUAAGUGUAAUUCUCCUUUGAUGAAACAUCCUCUACAUGCUUCCUCAACACACCAAAAAAUUCCAAAUUCUCCUAGUAACGUGAAUACCAACUAUCCACCUCUGGAUGUAAAUUAUUCUAAGUCAAACAAUUCUGUUAAAAACUCAAGCAGUGCUCAAAGCUCACUGAAAAUUGAUGUUAACUCAAUCUAUGUACAAUCAAAACCGAUCAAUCCAAUUUGUGGAGUUUGUAGAUUGAUAUCUAAAGAACGGUUCACAGUUGAUAUAGCAUUUCAUCAACCAACAAUUGAUUUGUUUCGAUCAAUAAAAGGAAAAGAAUAUGAUUCAAAAACAAGAUUGUGGACGUUUCCUGUGUCAGAAUAUUCUAAUCUCAAAAAGUCAGUGGGUAUUUUGAAACCUCAUGUUGUUAUUGGAGAUUUACCAAAAUGUGUAGUGGAGACUUUUAUAACUAAGGCCAAAAACUUCCAACAAGACAUCAAUAAGGUGGACAUAUCCAGGGUGGAUGAAAACUUACUCAACACCAUAUACCCAUUCCAGAUGGAAGGAAUAAAGUUUGGUGUGUCUAGAGGUGGAAGGUGUUUAAUUGCUGAUGACAUGGGCUUAGGGAAAAGUAUCCAAGCCCUUGGAAUUGCAGAUUAUUAUCGCUCCGACUGGCCUUUGUUGAUCGUUUGCCCUUCCUCUAUGAGGUUUCAGUGGGAAGAAGAAAUAAGAGUACGGCUGCCGAACUCAGUGCCUUUGCAUCGCAUUUUCGUGAUGACAUCAGGAAAAGAUAAUGUGGAUGGAGCACAAGUUCUUAUUCUAUCAUAUGAUCUCCUAUCAAAAAAGAGAGACGUAAUAAAGAAAAUGGGUUUUGGAGUUAUCAUUUUGGAUGAAAGUCACUGUAUUAAAAAUCAGCUGGAGGACAACAAACUUGUAGCAGCUGUUAUGGUUGACUAUAGCAAGGCUUUCGACUGCUUGGGGACACGACCUCAUUCUAACUAA